AUGGACAUCGAGACUCUCAUCAAGAACGCCCCAUUCAGGCUAUCUGACGAGGACAUCAGGGUCUUGCGUGGCCGGUCCGAUAAGCCUGGGCCUCACACCUGGGAGGAGAUAAAGUCCGUGAUCGCUGCCGGCGAGAUGGGACAGCUCAGAAGAUCGCCUCAAGAUUUACGUAACUAUAUUGUGUGGCACGCCGAGAUUCGGAAAACCCAUGGGUCUGUGCUCGAAUAUGUUCGCCGUGAAAAGCUACGUUGGCCAAAGCAUAUCACUCCCUGUGAUGAUUUACCCUUCAGCCAUACCAACGACUGGAAGGUCAUCUGGAAUGAUUGGCCAUAUGAUGUAGCUGAUGGAAUCAUGCACUUGGUUGUAUGGUCCAAAUGUAGAAUAGAAGUGACCGCUGACUCGGGACUACCGACAGAGCGUAUGAAACACCUUAUUGAUAGCUUUCUAGACAGGGAAUUUGGAGAGACCUUGGGCUGUCGUAGGGGCCAAGACUUACUAUGGUUCAAGCAAAAGACAGCGUGGCAGAGCGUGAGAGGCUUGGAACAUAUACAUGUCCUGUUACUUAACGUUUCGCGAGAACGCGUGGAGAAAUUGGUUGGCCAGCAACAGUCUCAGACGCUUCGAGUACUUUGGACCAGGGAUGUAGCGAGCACAGAGACCCAAUUCAGUGCAAAGAUGAGCUGA